CCAGACAGAGGGAGAGACGGAACGUAUGUGUUGGUGUGAUGGAUCAGGAGAGGGAGAAAGAGGAGGGGUGAAAGAAGGGGUGUGUGUGUGUGUGUCUUCACUUCUGUCUACUCGUCCUUCCGUGUUGUUCUGUGUGCAAGUCUUUAACGAGGAGCCCAUGCCUCGAUCGGACCCGCACCUGCUGCUUUCGGGUGAUUCAGCCGUUUUUGAGAGAGCAUGAACCGCAGCCCAGGCGCAGCAGCCCCCUCCUCCAGCCCUGCCCCCAGGUGAGUGCUGCACUCUCUCCGGGACUCUCUGAGGCGGGAUCCACCCUCAGCCGGCCUUAAGCAUCCGGAGCAUAUGCCUUAUUUAUAGACCUGCUGCCUGUGUUUUUCUUCCUGCUUCUUUGGAGAGACCUGGGCGACAGAAAUUAGAGGCACGGAAGUCUACUUCUUCUUCCUCUUUAGUAACGAGGUUAGUGAGUGGAGUGUCGUGUCCAAGCCCCUUCCCCCUCGCUGCUGAUCUGAUAAUGGAAAGAAGACUUUAUGAGGCAGCGUGUCGGCCGGCGCUGCUGCAGAACUAGAGCGAGGUCUGCACAGCUGCUGAGGAGAGAGAGAACCAGAGGAGAUGAAGUCGGAGGCGGCGGAGGACAUCUCAGCCGGACUCGCAUCUCAAGAGACUCCUUCUGAUGCCUUGUCUGAGGUCGCCACCAAAGAAACGCCCGAGGAAGCUGAAGAGGAAGUGCCGGGGGACGGCGACAGCUCAGAGCGGGGUCCUCUGGGAUGCGUGCCUUUGCCUGCAGUCGCAUGCUGCUGUGUGUGCCUCGAAUUGGAGCGUGUAAAUAACUGUGUUCGCUCUGAAAAAAUCUGCAUCCUGCCCAUCUUGGCCUGUUUGCUGAGUCUGGCCCUCUGCACCGCUGGCCUCAAGUGGGUGUUUGUGGACAAAAUCUUUGAAUACGAUCCACCGACCCAUCUCGAUUUAAAGCGUAUAGGACAGGAUCCUAUAAUAAAUUCAGACUUCACUCAGAAUCCUGAAUCAGUUUCAUCUUCCUCAGUCACUCUAUCUGUCCCAGGACAGCCAAAGGUCUUUGUGGAGGGGGACACCACAGCUGGACCUUUUGAGGUGCCUCCAUCUAAAGUGGCUGUUUUCACACCCACUGCAGCAGUGACGGUUCACCCCAAACUCUGUGUCUCCACCCAGCCCCAAGAGCACCUUCAGACCUGUCCAGAAUGACACUGCUAACCAGUUACCCACUCUGGAAUCUAAUGAA